AUGGAGGAUGAAGAGGAGAGAAGAAGUAUGGAAAAAACUGACAUGCAGGGUGUUGAAAUUUUCUUGAAGCCUUUCUUAGGUCUUGCGUUUCACCCGCUAAAUCAUGCCAAAAUUUUACAGCAGCUCGGUUUCGAGCCAUUUCCAUUAAGUGUUGGUAAAAUGUAUUUUAUUGGUCGUGAAACUUAUUUUUUGCCAAAUACUCUUGAAUAUGCUCGUAAUAUUAUAAAAUUGUACGGAUGGUCAACUGUUUUCACUGGAGCAGAUGCAGCUGUUUGUUCUCAACUGACAAAUUGCUUGGUCUCUAUGAAUGUUUCAGCGUAUAUCGAUAAACAUCAUUCGGAUCUUGGUGGUAUAUUCGACGAUGAAGAUUUAAAAAAGGAUGAAAAGGAAUUAAGUGACUGGUUUAGCGCUAGGCGUCAUUUGCGGUCUGCAAUCAGGGAAACAGUUGUGCGCUCCGCUGCCAUUGUUGCUGCCCGACCUUUCGUUGUAAUCAUGGUUCGACAAAUAGCGCAGUUAAUUGGUGGUGAAACCAAAUAUGGAAAUGUUUUUUCAUCGAUUUUUGUUAUUGGUGCUGAAGAAGGACCAGCUGGAUUUUUUUCUGGUCUCAUUCCUCAAUUAAUUGCGGAAAUCGCAUCAAUAUGGGGAACACACAUACUGAUUUACGGUAUUGAACGUUCAUUAUUGAUUACCCAACGUCAUUUCCCGGAGGAUGAGAAAGAACAACAACUUUUGAAGUCUACUGGUAAUGUUGUUCGCACAGUUUCUCCUUUUAUUAUCAACUCUUUGUGCUAUCCGUAUAAUCUUGUUUCUACAGUUAUGGCUGUGGCUGGCUCUGGGUUGAUAGUGUCGAUGUUACCGUAUAGCCCUGGAUUUGGAAGUUGGAUUGAUGCCCACAGUUACAUGAAACUGCAAGGGGCAUUGAAGAGGGGUGCAAAAUUCUUUUUCCGUGAACAUACUGGUGUAGUUCAUGUUGGGCGAAACAAGGAAAUUUAUGCCGAUUUCAAACACUUCAUUUAG